GCCUGUGAUACUGCGUGGAGAAUGAAUGGUCAUGUAAAGAGCAUGCACUGUCAAACUUUUAAGGACCUAGCAACAACGUUACUCUCUCUCUUGCUGGUUAUGGCUGUUUAUUCAACAAGAACUGUGGCAGCGAGCAGAAACCAGCAGUGUGGGAAUUCUCUGCAGCAGACCGUGAGGCUCACCAGACUCGUACAGAAAGAAUCUGUUGACCUCAUCAAAACAUAUAAAGCCUCUCAAGGUGAAAUGUCAGAGCUCUUUUGCAAGGUGUCAGUCAACAACGUCCCUGACCCCAACAUCUCCGGCCUGGAGUCCUCGGAGAGGAUAGCGAGCGUCUACACACAGCUCCAAGCCUUCCUUGCACAUUUCAAACGGGUGUACGAGCAGCAGACAGAUUUGCAGCUCCCGAUGAGUCCGCUGCUGACCGAGCUGACCACUGUCAGCGCACGCAGCAGGAACCUGGCCGCGCUCAUCAACAGCUUCUAUCAAAGCCUCUUCCCAAACCUGCCUCUACCUGAGCCGGCGGGGCCCACGACACUACCCCCACCCCAGAACGUGUUCCAGCAGAAGGUGUACGGCUGUGUGGUCCUGAAGACCUACAAAGAGUUCCUGUCAAACGUUACGCGAGAACUGAGAAAUAUCAAGAGCAAGGUUUGCAGGGGGAGGACACAAAUGAACACACCCUUCUACUGAGGAUGACCUAAGGCCGGCCUUAGUUAGUCAGUUUCCAACCAUACUUAUACUCCCAGGGUUUUGAUAUAAAGACUUAAAAAGAAAAUCUGAAGGUGGCUGGUACAUCACUGUAAAGAAGCCUAUUUAUGGUAUUUAAUAUUUAUUUUCUUGUGUUCUGGGUUCUGUUGAAAAGGAAUCGUGUUGAAAGACUCGGGUCAUGAAAUUUAUCUCUAUGCAGGAUAUAUGUAUAUUUAAUAUGUUCCGUAAUGGUCUACUUUGCUGAUCUAAACUAUGCAGACUUAUUAAAAGAAACUUUACAGCAGUA